AAGUAACGUUGCAUGUAUAAAAAGCUACCUUCGCAUAGAGUUAUCUAUUUUUUUCAGGUAAGAGUGAACUAGAUUGCAAUCUAUAAAUUAGAUUGAUAAUACAAUAUCAACAAUAGUUACAGUCAUUUUUUAUUCAACAAAAUACUAUAAAAAUUGUAAUAAUCAUAUUGCUGGUUACUAGUCGUCAAACCAAUGUUGGUUAUCAACUAUUUGAACGCGCCUUAAACUUAUAGUUACAGUCUGAAGUUAGCUAAUAUUUUAACCAAACUACUUAAACUAUUAAAUCAAAUUUUGUAAAAAAUGGCGGACGAAGAAUUUGAUGAAAAUGACGUUGCUGAUGAUUAUGAUGAAGACGUAGAUGAUGAUAAUAUUGAAGAACUUGAACAACCCGAAGAAGAUGGAGAUAACAUAGAUAUUCUAGCACCAGGCCAAGCUGGUGGCGGUGUACCAAAAAAUAAACGGAUAACAACCAAAUACAUGACGAAAUAUGAACGAGCCAGAGUAUUAGGGACAAGGGCUCUGCAAAUUGCUAUGUGCGCCCCCGUUAUGGUAGAAUUAGAUGGGGAAACGGAUCCCUUACAAAUUGCCAUGAAGGAAUUAAAACAGAGAAAAAUUCCAAUUAUUAUAAGAAGGUAUCUACCUGACCAUUCCUACGAAGACUGGGGCAUAGACGAACUUAUUAUAAUAGAUCAUUAAUUUUAAUUGAUAUUGUUUAUUCUAAUUUUUUAUUUAUAGUAAUUAAAAUUUGUAUAGUAAA